CUCACUUCCCAUCCCAGACACAUCAAAAACAAUAACUCCUAAAUCUCUAACACAACAGAACCCAAAAGAAAAAACAAAAAAAAAUAUGGUAUCUUUUGUAACAGAGAAGAAGCAAAAUCUUAACCUAUUGUCUAGAAUCGCCUCCGGUGACGGCCACGGCGAGAACUCGUCGUACUUCGAUGGUUGGAAAGCUUAUGAAGAGAACCCAUUUCACCCAAUUGAUAGACCUGACGGAGUUAUCCAAAUGGGUCUCGCUGAGAAUCAGCUUUGUGGUGAUGUGAUGCGUAAAUGGGUUUUGAAACAUCCAGAAGCUUCGAUUUGUACAGAACAAGGUUUGAAUGGAUUCAGCGACAUUGCAAUCUUCCAGGAUUAUCAUGGCUUACCUGAAUUCAGACAAGCUGUAGCUAAAUUUAUGGAGAAGACAAGAAAUAACAGAGUUAAGUUUGAUCCUGACCGGAUUGUUAUGAGCGGCGGAGCAACCGGAGCACAUGAGACAGUUGCUUUCUGUUUAGCUAAUCCUGGUGAUGGUUUCUUAGUACCAACUCCUUAUUAUCCAGGGUUUGAUAGAGAUUUGAGAUGGAGAACAGGAGUGAAUCUUGUACCUGUUACUUGUCAUAGCUCUGAUGGGUUUAAGAUCACUGUGGAAGCCUUGGAAGCUGCAUAUGAAAAGGCCCGGGAGUCGAAUAUUCCGGUUAAAGGUUUACUUAUGACGAAUCCUUCGAAUCCGCUUGGUACUACGUUAGACAGGGAGUGUUUGAAGUCUCUUGUUAAGUUCACUAAUGAGAAAAAGAUUCAUCUUAUUGCGGAUGAGAUCUAUGCUGCAACUACAUUUGGUCAGUCUGAGUUUAUAAGUGUUGCGGAAGUGAUCGAGGAGAUCGAGGAUUGUAACCGCGAUUUGAUUCAUAUUGUCUAUAGUCUAUCCAAAGAUAUGGGGCUGCCUGGUUUUAGAGUUGGUAUAGUAUACUCUUACAAUGACCGGGUGGUUCAAAUCGCAAGGAAAAUGUCGAGUUUUGGUCUUGUUUCGUCCCAAACGCAGCAUUUAAUCGCCAAAAUGUUAUCCGAUGAAGACUUUGUGGACGAGUUCAUCCGCGAGAGCAAACUACGGUUAGCUGCAAGGCACGCCGAGUUAACCACGGGCUUAGAUGGUUUAGGCAUCGGCUGGUUAAAGGCCGAAGCUGGUUUGUUCCUAUGGAUGGACUUAAGAAACCUCUUGAAGACAGCUACAUUUGAUUCGGAAACCGAACUAUGGCGUGUGAUCAUCCACCAGGUGAAGCUAAACGUAUCUCCAGGCGGUUCGUUCCAUUGCCACGAACCAGGAUGGUUCAGAGUAUGUUUUGCCAACAUGGACCACAAGACGAUGGAGACAGCUCUAGAGAGGAUAAGAGUGUUCACUAGCCAACUAGAGGAAGAGACUAAACCAAUGGCUUCAACAACUAUGAUGGCUAAGAAGAAGAAGAAGUGCUGGCAGAGUAACCUGAGGUUAAGCUUCAACGAUAAAAGACGGUUCGACGAUGGCUUCUUCUCGCCUCAUUCACCUGUGCCGCCUUCUCCGCUAGUCCGUGCACAGACUUAAGAAGACCGUUCAUGUUUUUGACUAGAGACCAGUCGUAAAGUUGAAAGAUCAAAUUCUUUUAACAUUGAUUGUGACAUUUGUCUAAUUUAAUGUAUAGCCUACGACUAUCAAAGUUGAAUUGUUUUAUUAUGUUAUCUCUCUCUGUGUAAUUUUAACCAAUUGAAUAAUGUUAAUGAGAAAUCAGAAUUUGCAA